CAAAAUAACGCGGAUACUAGUUCCGCAAAGGAGGAACUUACGGCAUGUAACUCGCCUUGCCCUUGCAGUGAGUUGUAGGUAUACAAGACAUUGCGGUCCGACAAUUCGAAGGUGUCCGAUAAAGAGUGGUGUCCGGUGAUUGAUGAAGUACUCUAUACUGCGCAUGUAUGUUUGACCUCCUUGACUUUCGAGACAGCGAAUCGCGUUCUGAAGCUGCUGCUGGAGCUGAGAUGUCGCAGUCACCAACUGCUGUUGGUGUGUCAUCCCCAAUCACUUCGCACGCCACCUUCAGCCGCGCGCAUCGACCACGCCCCUCCCGCCGAACGAGACACGCUUCUCCACUUGCGCCUCCGCUCAACAAAAGAGCUUGAAUUUUGGCACGAUUCACCUCCCAUAAUAUAAGAAUACACGCCCUACGCGGCGUUGAGAUGGACUGGGGAGUGCCAUCCGAUGCAGAAACGGGACGGUUUAGCGGUGGAGUCUACAUCAAGCUAUCCCAGUGUCCAUCCAUACUCCAGGAGAGAUUUGUAAAAGCCCGGGAGGCUAUCAAAGAUGGUCAAUAUUCUGCACUUAGCAAAGCAGUUUUGUCACUGAAGGCACCAGAUGUUUUUUAAUGAGUUCCAGUACCCCAGGGCCUUAUUGGAUGUAUGUGAUGAGGUUGAAGACUGUGAAUCACAAGCUGUCUAUCCCAUGACGCUACUGGCAUACGCUGGCUACCACUUUACCACUGAUAAAUUUGAUAUUCUAGAGUUUCUUAUAAAACAAGAAGCACAUGUUGACAUGGGAACACCAGAAUCUGGUACCCCACUUCUUCAAAUGUUAGUCUAUGCUUACCAUGAGCAGUGUAAGAACAAGCUGGAUAGGCUCCCGGUUCAAAUAGAUGUUGUCAAGUUUUUCAUUGAUAAUGGAGCCAUUCUAAGUCGUGUGUUGAUGGCUCCAGCGUAUGAUAAGUCUACCGCCCUCGAACUGGCAAUUAGCUACCAGCGUUUCGACAUUUCUCAUUUACUCGUCGAGAGAGGAGCUGACCCAUUUCUCUGUGGUGAUGGGGUCAUCAGUCCACUCCUUGUGGAAUAUCUUUUGUUUGGUAGCCACAGGUUCCUCCAGUGGCUACUCAAUGAUUACCUUAGUCACUCUCAGAAAUCAGUUACAGAGUUUAUCGACCAUCUCCUGAACGAAGGAGUCCUGUUCAGGGACAAUAUGAAGCAUACCUUCAUGGAGGUGUAUGGGAGGAGCCCUGCCCAUGCAUUUCUCCUGUGCCGUCACAAGGAGGCCAUCGACUACCUAGUCCAGAGGAGACGUGAGCUCCUGGAGGAGUGUGAUCCAUUUGGGAGGACGGCACUCCAUCUUGCUGCUGAGGAAGGAGAUACGGAGAGUGUCAGGAUACUCCUGGACUGCCAAGCUAAUGUUAAUGCUGAAGAUAAUUUAUCAACAACUCCGUUUAUGAUGGCUACAAUAAACAAGCAUACUGAGAUUAUUGAGCUCCUGAAGCCUCGUCAUAUUGGCACCAAGCGCGAAUUAGUCUGGGCAUUGCGAAAUGGGUACUCUGAAUACUUUGAGGACAUGCAUAAGACUAUUGAGGGCGAGAUGAAAUUAUUGGAGCCAGUUGACAUCAGUGGAAACACCAUUGCUCACCUUGCUGCCGAGAAUGGCAACACUUCUGUUUUUAAAGUCACGUUUCCAGCAACACACGGCAGUGCCGAUGACCCAAUGUUUGAAAUUUUGACUCAACUAAAUUUUCAUCAGAAAUCCGCUUUGCACAUAAUUAUUGAGAAGGGAAAUCUUGAGAUGUUGGAUGUUCUUCACGAGAGACGGGCUGAAAGAAGUAAAAAAGCAUCAAAGAAUGAUAUAUUUCAGCAACAGGCAGAGCAAAUUGAGAAGACAGCGUGGAAAGAAUUCUGGCAUGAAGAGAGUAAAAGACUACUGCUGUAUGCCUGCCGCCAUGGGACAGUAGAGGUUGUUGACUACUUCCUCAAACACAGAGUUUCUCCAACCACAAAGAUUGGUGAUCAAACUCCGUUGUCGUGUGCAGCAGAGGAAGACAACUAUGAGAUAGUUGAAUAUCUACUGAAUAGAGGUGUAUCUUUCACUGGAUGUGGAGAGGAAGAGGACAUUCCUGGUGAAUUUCAACCACUGAUGCUUUGCUGCCAAGUGUGGCCAGACCAAUUGUGUCAUUCUCCUUCUUAA